AUGGCGACUUUUCAGCGGUUGAUCAUCAGCGUGUUGCUGAUCCUUACGGUUGCCUUCAUGUUCUUCGCGCAGAAUGUGGAGGCGGCCAAGGGCCCCAAGAUCACCCACAAGGUGUACUUCGACAUCAAGCAAGGCGACAAAGAGCUUGGUCGCAUUGUAAUUGGUCUCUACGGAAAGACUGUCCCUAAGACUGUCGAGAACUUCCGUGCCUUGGCCACUGGCGAGAAGGGCUUCGGGUACGAGGGCUCAAACUUCCACCGUGUUAUCAAGCAGUUCAUGCUCCAGGGUGGUGACUUCACCAAGGGCGACGGUACUGGUGGCAAGAGCAUCUACGGCGAGAAGUUUGCCGACGAGAACUUCAAGUUGAAGCACAGCAGGAAGGGUCUUCUCAGCAUGGCCAACGCUGGCAAGGACACCAACGGAUCUCAGUUCUUCAUCACUGUCAAGGAGACCCCGUGGUUGGAUGGACGUCACGUCGUCUUUGGAGAGGUGCUUGAGGGAUACGAUGUGGUCGAGGUCAUUGAGAACACUCCCAAGGGCGCCAACGACCGACCUUCGACCGCCGUGACCAUUCUCAAGAGCGGCGAGCUCCCGGUGCCGGAAGAAGGCCUUCACGGCACGGCUGAUUCCGAUGGGCCACUUGACGAAGAUGAUGAUGAAGCAACGGUAAUGAGACCUAUCAUUGUGAACGGCAAGCCACACAAGGUCAUCCAAGAGGGAGCCAAGCAGGCUCGCAAGGUGGUGCCUUCUCUUGCCAAGCCCACUGGUGGACUUGUCCGCGUCGCUCGAGCGUUGCUGGCAGACAUGGUGCCUAUGAGAGCAAAGCGUAUCCAUAGAGCAAGAUUCAAUCAAUUCCAUGAUCAUCGCGCCUCAACUGCCCAGAUGUACUUCCUCUGUUAUAUCCUGCACACGCGUCGAACCUCACUUGCCGACUCAACAUCUCAACGGUAUUGUUUUGAGCCAUCAUUUUUUGCGAUGAAGCCGAAGCAGCAUCCAGCCGGGAAGCGUGAACUCGAUGUUUCGAACCCUGGUUCAGAACAUGACGACUCUUGUAGGCCGUACUACUUCGAAAAGCAUCUGAAAGACGCAAUCAUGGCAGACAACCUGAACAUGAAUGGCUUGUCUCUCCAAGACUCCGCUCACGCACCCCAGGGAGGACCGCCUCAACAAGACGGAUUCUCUGAGCGUUCUGCUUACGUACCGCCUCACAUGCGUCAGCGUGGCCCUGGGCCCGCUCCUGCACAGGCUGGCGCUCCACCACCUGGACCCGGUGCCUUCAGCGGACCUCCACCCUCCGGCAUGCAAGGAAGCGCCUGGGCCCCGAACCAUGGUCCUCCACCACAGGCUGCUGGCGGCUGGGGCGCUGCCCAGACGUUCACCCCUCGCGGACCUGAGGGUCACUCUGCACCUCGCGGCAACUUCAACCGAAACGGGUACGGCGGAAACUCUGGUGGUGGUGGUGGUCGCGGAAACACUGGUGCAGGAGACGGUCAAUGGCGAGACGGCAAGCACGUACCCGGGCCUCCCAACGCUAACCUUGAGCGUGAUCUUUUCGGUGUUGCCAACGAUCCCCUGAAGCAACACUCCGGUAUCAACUUCGAGAAGUACGACGACAUUCCCGUCGAGGCAUCUGGACAGGGUGUGCCGGAACCAGUCACCACUUUCACCAACCCACCUUUGGACGACCACCUGAUCGCCAACAUUGAGCUGGCCGGAUACAAGAUCCCAACUCCAGUUCAGAAGUACUCAAUUCCGAUCGUCAUGGGCGGCCGUGAUUUGAUGGCUUGUGCUCAGACAGGUUCUGGAAAGACUGGUGGUUUCCUGUUCCCGAUUCUCUCCCAGGCCUACCAGACAGGCCCGAGCACUUCAACACCGGCUCAGCAGGGAUUCGCCCGUCAACGUAAGGCAUACCCCACAUCCUUGAUUCUUGCACCUACUCGUGAGCUGGUGUCUCAGAUCUACGACGAGGCUCGCAAAUUCGCCUACCGCUCCUGGGUACGCCCAUGCGUCGUGUACGGUGGUGCCGACAUCGGUUCUCAACUUCGUCAGAUCGAGCGUGGUUGUGACUUGCUCGUCGCAACCCCUGGUCGUUUGGUUGACUUGAUUGAGCGAGGCAGAAUUUCACUCGCUAACAUCAAGUACCUUGUUCUCGAUGAGGCCGAUCGCAUGUUGGACAUGGGUUUCGAGCCUCAGAUUCGCCGCAUUGUUGAGGGUGAAGACAUGCCUCGCACCGACAACCGCCAAACCCUCAUGUUUUCCGCCACCUUCCCCCGUGACAUUCAGAUGUUGGCCCGUGACUUCCUCCGCGAGUAUAUCUUCCUCUCCGUUGGACGUGUGGGCUCUACUUCUGAAAACAUCACCCAGAAAGUCGAGUACGUCGAGGACGUCGACAAGCGCAGCGUGCUCCUCGACAUUCUGCACACUCACGGUGCUGGUUUGACGCUAAUUUUCGUCGAGACAAAGCGUAUGGCCGACUCUCUCUCGGACUACCUCAUCAACCAAGGCUUCCCGGCUACUUCCAUUCACGGAGACCGUACUCAGCGUGAGCGUGAGCGAGCUUUGGAAAUGUUCCGUACUGGACGUUGCCCAAUUCUUGUCGCCACUGCUGUUGCUGCUCGUGGUCUCGAUAUUCCGAACGUCAAGCACGUUGUCAACUAUGACUUGCCUACUGACAUUGACGACUAUGUCCACCGUAUUGGUCGUACCGGACGUGCCGGAAACACCGGUAUCUCGACCGCCUUCUUCAACCGCGGCAACCGCGGUGUCGUUCGUGAGCUCAUCGAUCUUCUCAAGGAGGCGAAUCAGGAGGUCCCCGGCUUCCUCGAGAGCAUCGCUCGCGAAGGCUCAGGCUUUGGCGGCGGACGUGGUGGCCGUUCUGGCGGUCGCGGACGUGGCUCGGCUGGCAUGAAGGAUGUCCGUGCUUUCGGGGGCGGCCAGCGUCCCAGCUAUGCCGGUGGUAUGGGAGGUGGCGUGGGCGGCGGAGCCGGCGGUUACAGCCAGGGCGGCGGUGGCGGCUACAGCCAAGGCGGCUACGGCGGUGGCGGCAGCUACGGCAACCCAGGCGGUUCCGGUGCCAACAGCUGGUGGUAG